UCCAUACUCCAUUCUUCGAAAGCUUUGGAAGAACCUAAUUGCCGGCCGCCCUGCGGGUACCUGACUUAUUUCAUCAGUUAACUGGUAUUUACUCAACUUACGCAAGUGGGACGGCCAACCUUUAAAUUUUCAGAUAGUCCAGAAGGAAGUGGAAUCGUGAAAAUGGAAUCUGGAGAUUGUGCUGUCGAGCAGCAGCCACAACCAACUGCCGAAACCGCAGCAGUAGACGCCGAGAUUGCAGACAACACGGCGCAAGACUCGGCACCGGAAGGCGCUGCCCCCCAGGAUUCAUCAAACGGCAGUGAUGGGACCGCCAAAGGCGAAAAAAACGACGCGUCGGAUGCAGCAGGAGUGCCGGCCAAGACCGAAAAGAAGGGUACGUACUACUGUGAUGUCUGCGAUGAAAGUGUUCCAGAAAGUGCAGAAAACCAUCUGAGGCGACGUAAGCAUACUCGACUCCUGGAGCGACUUGAGAAGUAUGGCAGCCUAGAGGCCAUAGCGGCGACCUUCAAGCUGGUGCGCUGCAACAUCUGCGGGACGCAGUCCAACACCAAGGAGCAGCUGCAGUACCACCUGGACGGCCAGAAGCACAGGACACGCUGCCUGAACCUGGGCAUCAGCCCCACGCUGACGGACCUCCCGCCUGGCAUGCGGCAGACCCGGAUGCCCAUGCAUCCCCCGGCGUCAAGAGGGGGGCCCCGUCCCCCCCUGCUGCCAAUGCUCCCGCCGAGGAUGGGACCCGGCCCCUGGAUGGGCCCCCGCAUGAGGGGAGGGCCCCCAAUGGGUGGUCCAAUGGGAAUGAAGCGACCAUACCCGAUAGACAGCGGAGCCUUCUACAUGGACAGAGAGCCCUUCCACAUGGACAGAGAGCCCUUCCACAUGGACAGACGGUCCUACCCACUGGAGCCCCUGCCACCAAGGGCUGCCAAGAAGGCGAGGCAAGCUAGCAACAUGGCAGCUGGUGCUGCGGCAGGGGUUGCAAAACCAAGUUUCUUCUGCGAGAUGUGCAACCUGGUCCUCAACUCGAUAUACCAGAGAGACGAGCACAUUCAAGGAACAAAGCACAAGGAUCGUGCUAUUCAGGCAGGCUUGAGCCCAGAAGAGGCCAUGCCUACGAUGAUGCCCGGUCCUCCUCCACAGGGGCAGCCAAAACAGAACGGUGGUGCUGCCGGCAAGCAACCCGGAGCUAAGGCCGCAACAAAGAGAAAGCAAGACCCGAUGGAAACUUGCGCUCCGAUUCGGAAGGCGCAGCUGAGCAUGAGCUACUUCCACAAGCCCGGCGGACGGCCGCUUCUUUGUUGCACCACUGGGGAUGUGGUGGACAAAACGGCGGAAGCCUGGGGAGACCGCAUUGCCGUCGUGUCGUGCCACCAGGAGCUCAGCAAGACCUACACGGAGUUCAAGAAAGACAUCGAUCAGCUGGCAGCUGGCCUUGUGUCUCUCAAGCUCUCGGCCGGCUCAAAGAUUGGCAUUGUUGUGCCCAACAUGUACGAAUGGGUUGUGGUCCAGUUCGCAGCUGCCAAGGCAGGAUUGAUUCUGGUGAAUAUUACUACGGAAUGCACCGUUCCAGAGCUGCAACACUCCUUGAAGCAUGUUGACUGCGAAGCGGUUGUCCUCUCCGAGAAAUUUGCAUCUCACGACCACUAUGCAAUGCUGCUCGAGAUAGCUCCGGAACUGAAAAACUCGAAGCCAGGGGAGCUGAAAAGUGCCAGACUUCCUCGCUUGAAGCACGUCAUUUUGAUCGCCGAAGCGGCAAAGCCGGGCACAGUGACGUACGACGAAUUGAUUCAGUCUGUUCAGAAUCAGGAGGAAGGAAGCGUGAAUGUCGCCCUCCCGAAGGUCCAAUAUGACGACCCCGUCAGUGUACAGUUCACGUCAGGAACCACGGGAAAACCUAAGAGCGUUCUGCUCUCUCACUUCAACAUUGUCAACAACGCUGAGACGGCUGGCCAUGUGCUGGGAUUCCAGGACCAUGAGGACAUAGUCUGCCUGACUCUCCCGAUGUCGCACCCCUUGGGCUGCAUCGCCGGCACGCUGGCUGCCGUGACUUUUGGCCGCACCCUCGUGUUGCCGGCGCCAGUCUUCGAUCCCACGAUCGCUUUCAAGGCGAUCAAGGACAACAAGUGCGCGACUUUAUUUGGCCUCUCUGAAAACUUCCUCGGAGAGGCGUGGCAACCUGAAAAACAAUGCCUUGUGUGUCGCAGGUGCACUGCUGUGUAUGGGACGCCGUCGGCAUUGGCACAGUUGCCCCAGAUCGAAGCCGACCAGAGCAAAGCUUCGACACUUCGCAAAGCCAUUGUUGUGGGAUCUUCAUGCUCGUCGGAAUUCAUCAAGAACCUCCGGAAGAAGCUCUGCAUUGGAAAAGUGCAUGUGAUCUACGGUUCAGCAGAAUGCAGUCCGGCCAUUGCAGUUUCGAAACCAGAAUGGUCAGGUGAAGACUGGAUGCGCACGGUUGGCACACCCGUGGAUCAUGUUGAGGUGAAGGUGGUGGACUCCGAGAACAAACUGGUGCCCUCAAACAGCAGGGGUGAGCUGUGCGUGAGAGGCCACCCUGUGUUCAUGGGCUACUGCGGAAGCAAGAAGAAGACAGAGGAAGCUAUUCGAGACGGCUGGUACCACACCGGAGACGAGGCAACCCUGAGCGAGGACGGCCGCCUGACUAUCUGCGGCCGCAUCCAGGACAGGAUUUGCCGGGGCGAGGAAGUCGUCGACUGCCGGGAGAUCGAGGAGUGCCUCUCCUCCCACGCAGCCGUCGAAGAGGCGCAGGUUGUGGCAGUUUCUGAAGAGAUCUGCGCCUGUUUGAAGCUAAAGCCUGAAUCCACCGUCACCGAGGAAGAGGUCAAGGAUUUCUGUAAGGAAAAGAUUAGUGAAGCCUCGAUUCCGAAGUAUGUCCUGUUUGUGGACUCCUUUCCCAAGUCUGCACUCGGGCAGGUUCAGAAGAUCAAGAUGAGGACAGAAGCCCAAGAGAAGCUCGGGCUGUAGGGCAUGCUCCAAGCACAUCCAUUUUGAUAUCCACAGUGGAUUAUUCAAGGCAUCUCAUUUGUUUGAAUUGUUUUCAUUAUCAGGGCAACACUUGUUUGGUUCUACAACUACUUUUACGAUUCAGUGUGAUUGGCCACACCUGCUGAUGGAAUAAAGCUGCUCAAACGUGCU